UUUAUCGAUUUGAUAACACGAGUCCACGUGAGAUGGUGGCAAAAAUUUAGUACCACCACGUAUACAAACCUAUAUUUAUUAUUACUGAGGUGGUACCAUGUUACACUUUUUCCUGGUCUCGUUAUUUAUGACUGUAUCAAGUGAUCAGUUCCCGUACGUCGUGUCUUUGAAAAACUCCCUAUGGAGGGCCAACUCGAACCAUUUUUGCACCGGUACCAUAAUUGCACCCAAAUGGGUACUAACAGCCGGUCAUUGUUUCACCCCAAUUAUUUACAAUCCCAUAGAAUGGAUCACGGUCCAUGUUGGUGAGUACCUAGACCAUGGUACUACCCAUAAAAUAGUGAAAUAUACCAUCCACCAAAACCAAUCUGAAUCGCCGGAAAUCUACCGCAAUGAUUUGUGUCUGGUGGAACUAGCAAGUGAAAUACACGUCCCAAUGGUACCUUUCGGUACCAUUGCAAAUGUGGACCACUUGGCGGUGUUUGCCGUUGGUUGGGGUCGUUCCUCACAAUAUGGUACCAUCCCAUUUGGGAAACAAGUUACCAGAUUGGGUACUGUAGAGUACCACAAAUGCCAACAAAUGCACAGUUUGAGGCAGAAUCGAGUUGAUCCAAGUACCCAAAUUUGUGGGAUGGGUGAUUCUGGUACUACUUUGUGUUUUGGAGAUUCGGGGAGUCCCCUGAUUGAUGCAAGGAGUGGUGCCUUGGUUGGCGUUUUUUCAUCAAUGGAGGAUUGUACAGGGGAGUACCCGUUACUAUUUGUGCGCAUCUCCAAAUAUCUCGACUGGAUUUAUCAAGUGACACAUUAUUUAAAAGUCAAUAAAAACUGAGAUUAAAAUCAUAUUUUUAUCA